AUGGCUGCACCAGCGACGUCCACGCCCCCGACGCACGUCGUCUUCGAGACGACCGUGGGUGAGUUCACUAUGGAGCUGUACACGGAACAUGCGCCCCGGACGUGCUGGAACAUCGCAGAGCUGGCGCGUCGUGGCUACUACAACAACACUAUCUUCCACCGCAUCAUUAAGGACUUCAUGAUCCAGGGCGGAGACCCCACGGGCACAGGGAGAGGAGGAGAGUCCAUUUACGGAGCAAAAUUUGAUGAUGAGAUCACCAAGGAGCUCAAGCACACGGGAGCUGGAGUGCUGUCAAUGGCGAACUCGGGACCCAACACCAAUGGGAGCCAAUUCUUCAUUACAUUGGCACCGACACCGUGGCUGGAUGGUAAGCACACGGUGUUUGGUCGGAUCUCCUCGGGAAUGAAGGUGAUUCAGCGCAUGGGCAUGGUACCGACGGGUGCUAAUGACAGACCUCGUGAGGAGAUCCACAUCAAACGUGCCUACCCAAUUUCACAAUAG